AGCUCGGCGGUCAGUCGAUCGCGAUAGUUGAGUGCGUCCGGCUGCACCACAAUCAUGACGCUACAAUGACUUGGACUUGGAUUGCCGGCACUGCAGCAGGGUCGCCACCAUCCAGGCUCCUGAUCCUUUUCUGCCUGGGAUUGGCAGUGGCAGUGGCGACGCUGGCGUCGGGGCAAAGCUACCUGGGAAACUCACUGUUCGACACCCUUGAGAUUCUGCGACGCGGCCAGGCCCAAAUGGAUUUGGAGAAUUUCGAUGAGGGCCAGGCCAUGGCCUCCAAGUACGAUUUCAUAGUGGUGGGUGCCGGCACGGCGGGCUGUGCUUUGGCAGCCCGCCUCUCCGAGAAUCCCCGGUGGCGUGUGCUCCUCCUGGAGGCCGGCGGACCCGAAAACUAUGUCAUGGAUAUACCCAUUGUGGCUCAUCUCCUCCAACUGGGCGAUGUCAACUGGAAGUACCACACGGAGCCAUCAAAGAACUACUGCCUGGCCAUGAACAAUCACAGAUGCAACUGGCCGCGCGGCAAGGUGAUGGGCGGGAGUAGCACCUUGAACUACAUGAUGUUCACCCGUGGCAAUAGAAGGGACUAUGAUCGCUGGGCUAGUCUUGGUAAUCCCGGCUGGAGCUUUGAGGAACUCCUGCCAUAUUUCAAAAAGGUCGAAGGCAGCACUAUACCCGAUGCCGAGGAGGAUUAUGUGGGUCGCAAGGGGCCGGUGAAGAUCAGUUACUCGGCGACAAAGACUCGCAUAGCCGAUGCCUUUGUGGCCGCCUCCCAAGAUGCCGGACUGCCGCGCGGUGAUUACAAUGGAGCCAAACAAUUGAAAGUGUCCUACCUCCAGGCAAAUAUCUACAAUGAGACGCGGUGGAGCUCCAAUCGGGCCUAUUUGUAUCCCAUAAAGGGAAGACGCAACAAUUUGCAUGUGAAAAAGAACGCCUUGGUCACCAAGAUUCUAAUUGAUCCCAAGACCAAGAUGGCCUAUGGGAUUAUGGUGCGUGUGAAUGGCAAGAACCUAAAGAUAUUGGCCAGAAAGGAGGUGAUUCUAUCGGCGGGAGCCAUCAAUACACCGCAACUGCUGAUGCUAUCCGGCGUGGGUCCGGCCAAGCAUCUCAGGGAGAUGGGUAUCAAGCCACUGGCCGAUCUGGCCGUGGGCUAUAACCUUCAGGAUCACAUAGCACCGGCAGUGAGUGCCCUGUGCGAUGUAAGUUCGCUGCAGGUCCAGGAGAUGUUCCGGAUCGAGGUAAUUGCAGAGUUUCUGCAAGGUCGCGGAGUACUACGAAUACCUGGUGGCGUCGAGGCCAUCUCUUUUUAUGCCCUUGAUGAUCCCACAAAUCCCGAUGGCUGGGCCGAUAUGGAGAUCUUUGUGGUGGGCGGCGGCCUGCAGACAAAUAUGGCCCUGCGACUGGCUUUGGGCAUCAAGGAGGAUAUCUACGAGAAUAUGUUCGGAGAGCUGGAACGUCAGAGUGCCAAUGGUUUUCUCAUCUUUCCCAUGAUCCUGCGGGCCAAGAGUCGCGGUCGCAUCAAGCUAAGGAGUCGCGAUCCCACCGAGCAUCCCCGGAUCUAUGCCAAUUACUUUGCGCAUCCCUAUGAUCUCAAUAUCACGGUUCGUGGAAUUGAACAGGCUGUGCGGCUACUGGAGAAGCCUGCCUUCCGGAAGAUUGGGGCUAGGCUGCUGGAGAAGCGUCUGCCAGGAUGCGAACAGCACAAGUGGCGGAGCAGUGAAUAUUGGGCCUGCUAUGCUCGUCACUUCACCUUCACCAUCUAUCACUAUUCCGGCACGGCCAAGAUGGGACCACGAACAGAUCCCUCGGCUGUGGUGGAUGCCCGUCUGAGGGUCCAUGGCAUCGGGAAUCUUCGCGUGGUGGAUGCCAGCAUUAUGCCCUAUCUGGUCUCGGGUCAUCCCAAUGGACCCGUCUAUGUGAUAGCGGAGAAGGCAGCCGAUAUGAUCAAGGAGGAUUACAACUACGUGCAAAACUAGGAGUUAUCUUAAGAAAUUGUUUUUGAUUUUUUUUCUUAUUAAAUUAAAUUAUUAAAUUAACCGAAUAACGGAAGCUGUCAACAGAUUGUCAGGGAAUUAUAUUAAAUAAAUUAUUGAUGGGCUUCAA